CACUUGGGAUUCCUCCCUCUUUUGCUUUAACUUAAUGAGGACAGGAAGAUUUGGCUUCAGUUGUUGAAGAUGAGUCGCAGAGCGACGUUCGGAGGGAUUGUGAAGCGACGGCUCUCUGGAGCCUUCAAUGCAUCCGUCAAAGAUGUCGGUUCAGCCAAGAGCAAAGGCUCUUCGGCCAGCAGACCAAGUAGCGCCAGUCGAUUGACAAAGACAAACAAAGUGAAAGGAGAACCUGGAACCAUGAAAGAUCCAAGGAACCUUUCAAAUAAAGGUGUCCAGAAAGAAAUGAUAGAUGACAUUCUAAGUUUUCUCCAGAUAAAUGGCUUUCCACACCAAAUAUCACAAAAGAUUUUACAAGCUCCAUCUGGCAAGGAGUUUCGUAGAGUGUUUGAGUUUCUCUAUGGUUUUAUUGAUAAAAAUGACAAGAUUGGCCCAAAAUGGGAAGAAGAGGUGCCCAGGUUGCUGAAGCAAUUGCGGUAUCCCUUCCCAAUUGCAAAAAGUGCAAUGUUCACUGUCGGUAGCUUGCACACUUGGCCCACCUUGCUAGGAGCCUUGCAUUGGUUAGUCAAUUUUAUUGAGAUGACAAAAGCUUUAGAUGUUGACUCCAUUUUGUUUAAUCCAAAUGAUGAAUGCGACCCAUUAUCUGGUUGUGAUCGGAUAAUCCACCAAUAUUAUGAGAAGACAUACAGUGAUUUCAUGAAUGACUACAAUGACGCUGAAGAUGAUUUGAGACUGAAAGAGGCCAUACUUCAACAUACUGGAGCUGCAGAAGAUGAUACUGAAGCAUUGAUGUCAGAAGUUGAAAUGUUGCGUAAGAGGCUUGAUGAAUUGGAGGCUGAGCCGGACCGACUUAAGGAGAUGCAAGACAACAUUGCUGCAUGGAAAGCGAGCUGUGAAAAAAUCGAACGAGAACAAGAUGAUUUAAAGCAACAAACAAAAAUAAGAGAGAUUGACAUGAAGAAUGUUGACGAGGAGCUGAAAAGAUAUGAUUAUAGACGAUUCAAGCAAAUUCAGGCAGCGAAAAACAUUGAACACCAGAAGGAGGCUUUGACUAAUAAGUUGAAGGCCACUGAGCAGGAGAAUGAAAGAUUACAAGCCGCUUGUUGGGAAAGAGAAAUCAGCUAUUCAAAGUUAUAUAACAAGGUGGACCAAACUCUGAAGGAAUAUGACGAUCUUUGGCGAAACAUUAAGUGCAAUCCACGUGCGAUGGAAUAUCUUCAAGGAGUAGACAUUGGAAUGAAAAUUGAGCAUGGAGAAAUCGGUCUCAAGAAUGCCUCAAAAUUCAGAGACACGAUCAAAGAAACCUUGAUCAAGGCCCAAAACAGAGUCAUGUCAAACGUGAACCAAGUGGAAUCCCAAAUUAUAACCGAAGAAGAGAAAAUGGAAAAGCUGACAGAUUUGAUUAAAGAGAAGGAAUACGAAAUAGAGUCGAUGAAAUCGUUUUUGGAUGCAGUUGGCUUGGAGAUCGAGGAAGCGCAAAAGAAAGCCGAAUCGGAGCAAAAACAAGCCGAAGAAGAGCUUGCUUCUUUGAAAGAAGAAAUCAAAGCCCUUGAGCAAGGAAGCAGUUCUCUGCUCGACCGGAAACAUAAAGCCUUGGCAGAGCUUAAGAUAAACUUGGAAAAAGAACGGGAAGAAAUGAAAUUGAAAAAAGAAAAGAUUGCCGAGUUUCUUAUCAAGGUCGUGAAAGAGGCAAUGGAACACAAAAGCAAGCUCAAGGCUGGUCUCAGUCAAGUUGUACAAGUCUCAGAAAAAGACCUUGAAGAAUUAGAAAGGAAAAAGAAGCCCUCAUCAUUGUGACUUGAAAUGCUGAAUUUUCCUGUUGUGAAUAUGUAGCUUAUGGUCAUGAGCUUUCUCUCGUAUUAACAUUGAUUCAAAACCUUUUUUACCUGCGGAUAUUUAUAGUGUUGUUUUGACAUUCUACCUUGAGACGAUCUAUCAGAUGAUUGAAUUCGCUAUCCUGAUAAAGUGCAUGUCAUAUUACCAGCCAUCUAAAUAUAGAGGGCUAAAGAUCUUAAAUUUCUGCAUUCUAGCGUUAAGAGAUAAACAAUUCUUGGAUAUAGCUUCUCUCUAUCCUUUCUCAAGCAGUUCCAAUGUUUCAAUGCAUUAUACAUUCACUGACGAUCAGUGUUCAAGAUACCAUUAAAUACACUCCCCUCUUCGAACGGUCGGGCAAAAUUUUGGGGCUACUCUUAACAAACGCUAUGUUAGGGGAAAAGUAAGAUCAAAUAUUGGCGUGAAAAAUAAAACGAUGGCGUCAGGAAAUAAGCAAAAUAAUUAAAUAAACAAGCAAAAAUUUUGUUUGGAGAAAGUUUACUGGGAAAAUUUUUCCCAAAAGCGCAAAAAAUGUCUGUCUUUGGGCACUGGUAAAAACUCAAAAUAUGGAUAAAGCUAAGCAAAUGGUCAUGAAGUUUUUAUGCCAGGCAGGUCAUUGAAUAUGAUGAAAUUGCAAAACAAGUGGGCUACCCAAAUUCUACAACUCAAAGAAUUUGCAGCUUUUCUAAAAAGCAGUUUACUGGAGAGAAAAUUGAGAACAGGCAGGUCAAAAAAGUUUUCUUAUAGGAACCAAAGAAUUGUGACAGGGCUUGCGAAGAAACUUGUUUGUCAAUUUUAAAGAAGUUGAAAUAGCGAGUAACUAUGAAGCUUUGUGACCAAAAUCGGCUUAAGUAUUAAACUGGGCAUACUCUAUCGAAAUACAGAAUUAUAAACAGUGUCCUAAGAAAGAAGCCUGGCUUUUCAGCAAAUAACUGAACUCACCGGCAAAACAGAGUGAAAGUCACAAAGGAACGUUUUGCCACCGACUGGGGCGAUAAUGUCUUCUUGAACGAGUGUAGAUUUAAUUAAAAAAAUGUUCUGGAGCCUUAUCUAUCCGGAAAACAACUGGAGAAGGAAGUAACCAAAAGUCCUUUCAACCAAAUGUAAGGAAAGGAAGGAAUUUCAGUAAUGGUCUAGGGUUGCUUAAGGCUUAACGGCGUCGCCAUCUUCUUCUUCGGGGGUGUUUGGCGAACGCCGCAUAUUAUGUUACCAUCUUCCAAGAAAACUUUCCCGAAAGUGCCAGAAAAAUUUAUAGUUAUAUAAAUCAGCAUUUUGUUUAUCAUCAAGACAAUUCUCCACGACGCAAAACUAAGAAUACAAGCAAUUUUCCGCUGCCAACUGAAUCCUCACCCUUCCCGGGGCCUUCUCAAAGUCCAGAUCCGAAAGUAAUUGAAAAUGCUAUUGCUAUGGCUACUUUGGUUUUUUAUAAAAGAUUCAACGAAUCGAGAUCCUCCGAAGACUACGCUGCAAUUAGUUGAUAAAACCUUUGACAUUUGUGCCAAUAUUCCUCUUCAUGCAGAGGUCAUUUCCUGGCCGGCCCUGUGCUGCCCUUUUUUCUCCUGAGAACCCCCAUUAAACAUUGUAGUUUUUCCAUUGAUUAAAUUAAUUGUUGACUUAAAUUUAAAUACUUGUGUAAUUUAAACUUUUCUUUGAUCCCCGGCAAAGGACUAAACAUUUCACUCAACUUUCGUUUUGUGAAGUGGAGCGAAGUUUAGCGAGGGUGGAAAAAAGGCUAAUAUUUAAAAUGGUGAAAUGUUUAGUCGUUUUGCCAGGGCUUUAUGCUUCCCUGAAAUUUUGAAGUGAUUCCUAUUGUCAUUAUAUAAAUAUAAGCUAUUAACUUUUAUUUUUGUUUUCAACAACUUGACCCAAUACAGUCGCAACAUUGGCAUCCGUUCGAAUACUUUUGGGAGGGGAGUGUAAAAUAAAUUAAUUGUCCAAUAAACAUAUUAAUUUGAGUGGCAAAAAUCCUUUUUUGCUUUUCAAUAAAGAAUCAAACAUUUAAGUACAGUUAUUUUGUUGCUUUAACGUAAUAAUUUACAGAAGUAAAAACAAUUCAUUCACCCGUAUAUCUUAUGGUAAACACUAGUUCAUCUUACAUUGCAUGCCACUUCUCGUGGUGUUCAUUACAAAAAUCCCUCUUGCAUCGAUAAAGCUAAGAGCAAUGAAUCAGUCAUCUCCUGUGCGUGUAGGAGGAAAUGGAACUUCAGGCAAAAACAUACAACAAGAUCAGAUUUUGAAAAAGGUAUGCUACCAAAUUAAUACUUAAUUCUCGAAAACUACAUACGUGACAAGCUAUUUUUCCAAAGACAUGCUUCAAUUAGGCAUUCGAUACAAGACUACUUUCGUUUCAAUACUAUUUUUACGUUUGUGAUAGUACAAUAAAAAUUCAUGAAACAAAUUUGGAGGAAAACUUCGCUGGAACGUAUUCCAUGUUCUGUCAAAGUAUCUGUCUCAAGCAUGGCUAUUCGCCUUCUUUAUCAGCCACCUAAAAAUAAUGAUGUGUCGUCAAUAGUUGCCCAAAACAUGAAAAGAGUGUGCAGUUGAUUACAGUAGACACUUCUGAAUCUGUUAAGAAUUACUGUGUAUGGGUGUUCAAUUUGUUUAAAGAGAAGGAGAUCGAAAAAGCACCAGCCCUGACUCAAUCCCAUCAUGAUUCGAACCAAAAGUUCAAGUACGCUCAGUUCUUGAUGAAUGGCUUAAAUCUACAUGACUAUAUAGGUAGACCUCUUAAUAGUGGCAGCCUCCCUAUCGCUCGUAGCGAUUAUAAAUCGCCUCUUGUGGUUAACAGCAAUGUAGUUUCUACGUACCGUGUACUUCUCCCAUUUCUUUUCUGGGUCAUACGGCUCCCAUCUACUAGCUGGGAAUAUAUGUUUGUGCUUUUCAUACCAGCUACGCAAAACGACCUUCCCAGCGUGAGACUAAAGGAAAUAAUAGCAAAAAAAAUCAUAAAAGCUGCUGUAUCACAUUAAUUUUCUUCGAAUGUAGAGGUGAAAGUUUGAGAAAAAACCAAGCUUUAUAUUUUACAAGAAUAGAAAGAAACA